AUGAUGCUGAACAUAAUGGAGAGACUUCAAUCAAAUCUGGAACGCGUUCGGAUUGGUAUCAAGGCCAGACUGCCAGUCCCUGAGCUAGCACAGCUGUUGAUUUCACUUCUGGACCAACUUAUUUUUGAUUGCGAUACUCCAUUGUCCCCUCCCAAAGCCGGGCAGCAUUCUAGUAAUGAGCUGGAUAAACUGACAGAGACUCUCCGGAAAGACACAUUACAAACAAUUAAAAGUUCAGCUAUUAUACUACGAGAAAGUGCCACAGAUUUGAAUGAGGCAGUUGGCGAAGUGGAGCAAUAUCUUGGCACUAUCAAGAAUAUCACAGUUGAG